AUGGGAGAUAUUAUGAAGUCAUUGCUCGAAGCUAAUGAUGAAAUCCUUUCGACGAAUAGCAAGCCUAAAUCAAUCAUGAAAUCUUCAAAUUUAUUAAAAAGCAAAGAAGACAAUAAUAAUGUAUCGGCCACAAUUAAUCCUCCACAGAGGAAAUUGAAUGAUGUGCUCACAAGUGAUGACGAUGAUGAUGAUGAAUUGAUAGACCUUUAUGGGGUUCGUUCUGAGCGUUCAGCCUACUUUGAAGAAUGUCUAUCCUCCAGUUCUGAUGACAGUAUUAAGAUAUCGAAGGAUUCAGAAAGAAAUCAGCAGAAUCAAAUUGAACGUAAAUCUCCGUUUUCACUCAAAAAGGUUAUCCCUAAAUUGGACAAACCUAUCUGUUUCUCUAGUUCGUCAGAUGAAAAUUGUACUGAAUCUAGGCGUCUUCCAUCCAAAACAAAGAAAUCAUUUUCGAUGAAAAAAUACUUCUUACAGUUAGAAGAUGAAUUAAAGAAUCAACCAGCAAACAUUGGCCGUUACACACCGACUGCCCAUAAAUCCUCAAUGCGCAACCACUUUUCAGCUUACAGAAAAACAUUAUGUGGUACAAAGAAACCGCGUAAAAAUAUCCAACUUGCUGAACCGGAGGAUACAAGUUCCUUCGAAAUGACUAGCCACAUUACUAGUGAUUCAUCUGAAGAUACAGAUUCGGCAUCAGAAAGCUUUAUAGAAACAUCUGAAUCAGAAUUAGAUCAACAUGUUGCUCGUAAUCUAGGUGCUUCCAUUAAAGAUCCAGAGAAUCAAAGUCAAUUUCAACCUACUGGUCCCGCUGCUCAUUUGUUAUCAGCAAUCGGUUUACCUGUGCACGAACUGUUCAGCAGAGAAAAUAUCAACAAUAAUCCUACUUAUAAAUAG